AUGUACUUUUAUCACUUAAAGUUUGAACUUUACAUUCCAGCAAGGAAUAAUUCACAAAAUAAUUAUCCAAAAAAAUUUAUUAACGAAUAUUCAUCUGAUUUGUUUUACGUUCCAAAGGAUAUUUUUGCUCCUUUACCUACACACUCUCAAUUAAACAACGAACCGCACCAAGUGCCUUCAAUCCCCCCAACUCCGAUCUCCAAGGAUAAUAGUUCUUCAAGUAUAUCUAAAUCUCCUUCAAGUUGGACUUUUGUUGGGAGACGAAAGUCAAUUGCGUCUACCUCUACGAUACCUUCAACAAUAAUAACUACUAAACCAGAUUUUGAUAAAACUCACGAUUUUCGAUUUGGCAAGAUUGAAGUCGAGUGGUUUGAUAAUUCUGAAAUAUUUGACUUUGAAAAUAUGA